AUGGGACACGAGCACUGUAAGCUGUUCAGUAGCGCCCGGUACUUCUCCACGGUCCAAACGUUUACGCGAGUGUGUAUGACGGCGAGUCGUAUAGUCCCUUGCUUUCAUACUAGUUCAAAGUGCGAUGUUAUAGUGCAGUGUUAUGACUGGAUGAUAGUUUAUUUCAUGCGCAGUGUCAUGGUGGAGAGGACGACGCGCGCACGCGUUCUAGUUGGUCACGACUAUUUUGCGCGGGAAAAUUUUCAAGCUUAG